GCGCUGUGGUCAUCAUAGCCGACAUGACCUGCGACGGCGUCCAAUCAGGAUGCUGCUGCAUGAUGAGAGCAGCGAUGCCGGCAAUAUGCGCUGUGGCCAUGGAACCGCAGCAGCAGCAACAGAAGCAUCAGGUGUGGCACCAACGACAUUGCUGCUAGCCGGGGAUGAGGAGGAGGAGGAGGAGGAGGAGGAGGAGGAGGAGGAGGAGGAGGAGGAGGAGGAGGAGGAGGAGGAGGAGGAGGAGGAGGAGGAGGAGGAGGAGGAGGAGGAGGAGGAGGAGGAGGAGGAGGAGGGAUCUGGGGCUGCUGGGGGAUCGUCGGCGGCGUCAUCUGACGUGGUGUCGACAGCAUCGCCGUUAGGGUCGCUGUCCCAGACGGCCGUUGCCGGGUAGCCAGCCAAUCCGCCACGGUACGAA